AUGAGAUUACCCUUUCAAAAGACAAUAUGUGGUUAUUGUGGUGAAGAAAUUUUUACACGUUAUGCUGCUACGUAUCAUAUUAAAUAUAAACAUGCUGGUAUGGCACGUAAUUUUAUUCAAAAUAAAGCUGAUGUUACUAAAUAUUAUAUUAAUCGAGCUAAGAAAGAAGAAGAAAAAAAUCAAUUUAAAUUAGUUGAUACUCGUCGUGUUAAAGUUCCAACACGUAAUGGAAAAUCAGUUCAUAAUCAACACCAUAAAAUGGAUACUUCAAUAGAAUGUCCUAUUCAACGUGAACGUUCACCUCCUCCGCCUCCUCCUCCUCCUCCUCCUCCUUCGGCUCCAUUACCAACUUUUCAACCAACAAAAUGUCCAUCGUCUACUUCGCCGACAAACAAUUCACGAGUACCUACAACUCCUGACUAUCGAUUUUUAUUAGCUUGGUCAUAUUAUUUAGCAUCACAAGCUACUUGGCUUUCACCUAUACUUCAACCACAACAACAACAACAACAAAGUCAAUCAUCACUUUCUUUACCAACUGAUCCAGAAUCAGCUGCAAAAUUUCUAAAAGCUAUGGAAACAGCUAUGAAUCCGUUAAUAACAAGACAUGCAUUGAACAACAAUAAUAAUGAACAAACUACAAAUGAAUAUGACUUUGGAAUAAAAACUACAUCAGCUAUUAUUAAAGAUGAACCAAAUGAAUCUUAG